CACCGCUCCGUUCGUCAGCCUUACUCACGCCGAGCAGCACCCCCCCAGCCCGUCAUCAUGAAGUUUGUCUCUCUCGCACUGAGUCUGUUGUUGGCAGUAGGCUCCCAGGCCAGGGCCGUGCAGAGUGAUGCCCCCUCCCAGCUGGAGCACAUAAAGGCCGCCGCCACGGUGUACCUAACUCGGGUGAAGGAGACCGCUGAGAAGACCCUGGAACACCUGGAUGGAACCCAAUACGCAGAGUACAAGUUGAAACUGUCUGAGAGCUUCGACAGGCUGCACGAGUAUACCCAGACCGCGUCGCAGACCCUGACCCCCUAUGGCGAUGCUUUCACUGCCCAGUUCCUCGAAGCCACCAAGCAGGCCCGUGAGAAGGUGAUGGCUGACGUCGAGGACCUCCGCACCCGGCUGGAGCCCAAGCGUGAGGAGCUGAGGCAGGUCCUACAGAAGCACAUCGAUGAGUACCGUGAGAAGCUGGAUCCUGUCUUACAGGAGUACAUCUCCAAGAACCAAGGAGACAUGGAGGCCCUGAGGGUCAAGCUUCAGCCCCUGGUUGAAGAGAUGCGCGCUAAAGUUCAGGUCAACGUUGAGGAAACCAAGUCCAAGCUGCUCCCCAUAGUUGAGGUUGUCCGCACCAAGCUGACUGAGAAUCUGGAGGAGCUGAAGAACAUGGCCUCCCCCUAUGCUGCGGAGUACAAGGAACACCUUGUGAAGGCGGUCGAUGACGUGAAGAAGAAUGUGUCCCCACACACCGCUGACCUCCAAAGCAAGCUGGAGCCCUACUUUGAGGACCUGAAGAGCAAGUUCAUGGCUCUCUACGAGACUGUUGCCAAGAAGGUCUAGGAGCCGUUGACCGCGGUCCGAUAGGAU